AUGUUUGGGAUCUGGAAUUCCCAACAGGUUGUUCAGGUGCAGGUAAUGAAUCUUAUGAAUUCGUUUUUGCAGAAUGGAUUGGAUCAAUUCAAUGCAGCACACAUGAUACCACUGGUGAUUGACAAGCAAUGGAUGAAGAAGGAUUCAUACACAACAGGGAGCCCUAUGGACCUCAACAUUGAACAGAUACCACUCCUUGAAAUUGAUGAGACUAUUGCUACCAAAAAUUGGAGCAUCCCUGCUGCUGGUGGCCAGCACUGUAUGUGUGCGCUUAAAGCCUGGCAUGAGAAGAAGAAGACACAAUUGAAUGAGCUGGAGUUGUUGAUCAAACAAUUGAAGAAGCAGGAUAUGGAGGAGGCAACUGAGGAAGAUAUUGGGGAACUCAACAAAUAUAUCAAGGAGAUGGAUGGCAUCAAGGGUCUUUUGGGAUAUGGAGGACAGUGGCUGGUUAUGAUAUACAGUAAAGAGGCCCUUGUAUUGGGUCACAAGUGGUACAAUAUCCCUCAUGCUGGUGUCAAUGCUGGUCCCAUAGGCAAGCAGAUGGAGCUCCUCUCCCAAGACUAUGUAUUCAAGUUGAUGUUGUUCAUGAACUCAGCAUCUAUGCAUUACAUCCAUUCCCUGAUAUUCGACCUCAAUAAAUUGCAUGCAAUGAUGAUGAGCCCAGGGGGAGGGAUCAUUGCUUAUGUGAUGUCCACCCUCAAAGAGAAGCUUGCUCUGUGUUUCAACACUGUCAAAUUCACCAUUGCAGAAUUCACAGAUCUCGACAAGAAGGCGAGCAAGUGUGCUGUGUCUUCUGAGAAAGAACAAGCCCAUGACCAUCUCCAGUCCAUACUUGACACCUUGAGGAGGGCCUUGCCUCUGCACCAGGCAAUUGUACCACAAGUCUGGGAUGUCAUUGAUGCAGUCUUCACAGGCCAUCUUUUUGCUGACUCAGAGACUGUGGAGGAGAUCACACAGAUAGAUGAGGAUAUAUCAUUAUAUGAGGAUGAUGUGAAGAAGGCGAUUCAGAUGUCCCCAGCAAAGAUAAGUCUGCUCCUCAGUGAAUGGUGUUCAGAUGAACCAUUAUACCUCUUCCCCCUCCCAUCCUAUCGUCUCAUCAAGGCCAUGAACAACCACCUUCUCAGGAUUAAUGGUGCAUUGCUUGAAUGUGCAUCAUGGUGGUUACUGUUCAUCCACCAUGACAAGGUCCAUCCACAGGACUGGUCUCCUGGAUCUGCAAGUGCAGACAUGGUUAGGGCAGUGUUGGCACACAGGUCACCGAAGAUGGAUGGGUGUGUUUCAGCCAUCAAUGAGAUUGUUGCUAUGAUCUUCUUGCAAUAUGCUACAUUCUUGCAGAUGGAAGACUCUCUCACAUACAAAGGGCUGUUCCACCAUCAGCUUACCCAGAACAAAUUACUCUUGAUCUUCUGUCAACUCAAGCAGGACAAUGACAAGGACUCGCAUCCCAAGGGUAAAGGAAAGGCGAAGGUGAAGGCAGAGGACAAUGAGGGAGAUGAAGAUGGAGGACAGGAGGACAGGCAAGUUGGAGAUGAUGGCGAUGAUGACAAGGGUUCUGGUAGAGACAUGUCUGAGGCAUGUGAUGGAGGUGAGCCAGAAAAUGCUGAUGGGAAGAUCACAAGAGAGCAGUGGGUGGACAGGAGAGCUCAUGCGAAGGAGGAGGCAGCUGCCCACCAUCAACUUCUUGCGAAGGAGGCUGAGACUGCCAUCAUGUAUCUCAGUGCUGUGGAGAAGCCUCUGAAGAUCACUCCGAAGGAUUUUGGCAUCCCCACUGACCAUCUGUCCAAACUCCCUUCCCAUGCACCAAAGAAUAUAUUUCAUGGUCAGGAAUUCAUCAUACAUCAUACCUACAAGUGGGCAAACCAGCUCCCCAACUCCAAGAAAUGA